GGAGGAAGCGUAUGGCGGUGCACAGCGCACCCGGAAGUGCCCUUGUGAGUCCAGGGUGACCCACGUGCUGGAGGGGAGCUUCUGUGAUCACAUCUGUCAGAGGCUCAACAGCAGGCAUGGGGGGCUCCUCUCUUCUCAGGUCGUGUGUCUAUAGGAGGUUGCUGUAUAAUGGGCAUCAGGCCGCCCAGAGGUGGGCAUCUAAUACUGACAGAGGCAGUGGGAAAGAAGAGGAUAUAGCUAGUUUAUUGGAGGGGGCGGAGGUGGACAGGGAAGACCCAGAAAAGCCCCAGCCCUCCAGAUCUCCAUCCGACAGCUCGGUGGUCCUGUUCCCAGGACAGGGCAGCCAGCAGGUGGGCAUGAGCAGCGGACUCUUAAAGUACCCCAAUGUCCGAGCCAUGUUCCAGACUGCCCACAGAGUGCUGGGCUAUGACCUGCUGGACCUCUGCCUCAAGGGCCCGCCGGAGAUGCUGGAGAAGACCGUGCACUGCCAGCCGGCUGUGUUCCUCACCUCCCUGGCCGCAGCCGAGAAGCUCAGCCAAGAGGACCCUGAAGCCGUGGAGAAAUGUGUGGUGACGGCUGGGUUCAGCGUGGGGGAGUUCGCUGCUCUGGUUUUCGCUGGUGCUUUGGAUUUCACAGAAGCUCUGUAUGCAGUGAAAAUCCGAGCAGAGGCGAUGCAGGAGGCGUCCGACGCUGUACCUAGUGGGAUGCUCUCUGUGGUUGGCACAUCUAAGACUAAGUAUCAUUUGGUCUGUGCUGAAGCUGAAGAGCACUGCAAGACGUUGGGAAUAGCGGAGCCGGUCUGCAAGGUAGCAAAUUUCCUGUUCCCGAAUGGCAGAGUCAUUGCAGGACACAUGGAGGCAAUUCAGUUCCUGCAAAAGAAUUCCAAAAAAUUCUCCUUUUCUCGGACUAAGCUGUUGCCGGUGAGUGGUGCCUUUCACACCCCACUAAUGGAACCUGCUGUAGAACCUUUACGUAACGCUCUGAAGACCCUCAGCUUCAAGCAGCCACUCAUAAAUGUGUACUGUAACGUAGACGGGAAAAGGUACAGACACGCUUCAGCUAUGGAGGACCUCCUGGCCAAGCAGCUGGUCUCCCCUGUAAAAUGGGAACAGACAAUGCACGCCAUCUAUGAAAGAAAGCAAGGAACCAACUUUCCGUGGACCUUUGAAAUGGGACCAGGAAUUCAGCUGGGAACGAUGCUCAGGAUCUGCAACCUAAAGGCCUGGAAGUUUUACAAAAAUAUAGAUGUUUUUGAAAGUGACUGUUAAAGGCCUAUUGCACACAACCGUAUGGCUUUUUCAGUAUUUUGCGGUCCGCAAAAAUACGGAUGACAUCCGUGUGAAUUCUGUUUUUUGUGGAGCAGAACAUA